CGAGGAGCGUGGCGGAGCCACAGUGAAGCCGCAGGUUGAGCUGACAAAGGAGCUAGGGGUGCGGCUCGGUGCCCCUCGGAGGCCUGCGGACCUGCUACCUUCUCAGGCCUUCCUCCUGGCUGCGGUGCUGCCGAGGCCCAGCCGCGCCUGCACGGCCAUCCCGGCCCUGCCACCCGCGCUGCGUGGUUCGCUGACUUGUGUGCCCACGGAUCUGCUUCUGAGUCCCGCCGCCAACUACGCCUCCUUCCUCCAGUGCAGAUCAACAGAAGAGAUUCUUGGGUCCUAGAGACCAAAGAAAGAAUCAGCAGGAAUGCCCAGGGUGAAUGAUGGAUUGCAGAGCCUGGCUGAACUCAACAAAAAUCCAGUGGGAGGCUUUUCAGCAGGUUUAAUAGACGACAAUGAUCUCUAUCGUUGGGAAGUCCUUACUAUUGGUCGUCCAGAUACACUUUAUGAAGGUGGUGUUUUUAAGGCUUAUCUCAUUUUCCCAAAAGAUUAUCCCCUCCAGCCUCCUAAAAUGAAAUUCAUUACAGAUAUUUGGCCCCCAAAUGGCAAGCUUCCUCUGAUUUGGAACAAAAUAAAAACAGGCUGGUCUUCCCUUGUACCUGACACAGGCAAAUUGAGCUGGCCCAGACAGCAGAGCUCUGUAAGGCAUGUUGAUAUUGAUUGCUUCUUUGUCUCAGGGGCUAUAAGAAAUAUAACAGAUCUCAAAGGAAAAACAGUGGCUCUGUCAGCAACUAUGGCACAGGAAGGUCACCUUUUCAUCGUGGUGCUAACAUCCAACUGGAGUGGCAGUAUUACCAAAAUAAAAUCCUGAAAGGAGAAGCAGAUCAUGCUGACCCAGAAAGUGGAGAUCUGAUUGCUGAGAUUAAAGGCUUGAGCCACCAUGAUUAUCUGUAAUAAAGUGAGGUGUUAGAGCCUGUGGCCUAGUGAAGUGAACAUCAGGGCUGGGCGAGUAUGGACUCAGAGAUGACCAACUCUGUGUGUGUGUGUUCUUCAGUCUCAGGUUCUUUUUGUUAUUUGACCUCUAUACAAUAGGGUCUGACUACAGGUUACUCUUUACAGGACCGGUGGGUGUAGGUCUGGCCUUAGAGAUAACAAACUCAGAUCAGGAGAUUUACAUUUGAGUUAAUACAAAGCUCAGAGCUGCCUCAGAGCUGCCUCAAAGCUGCUCAAAGCUGCAGAGGCUUGAGAGAUGCAGUUUUGUCUUGCAGGCCUCACUUAGAGAGUUUCUGGCCAAAAGAACAUUUUUAACAGAUCCAUACAGAUGUGGUUCAAAAUGAAGUUCAAACUUAGAUCUAAAAUUUUGGCCUGCCUACUACAUACAAAAUUAUUAUAGAUUUAAGAUUUUCAUUAGAAGGUUAUUCCUCAAGAAAUGGCUUGCUCUUAACAUUGGGUGUUUAAAUUUUUUAAGAAAAUGAUUUUCAAAAGGUGUUAAGAUAAAUAUUUUGCCUAAGACACUGCUUUAAGUUCGUCAUUUAAGCUUCUGAUGUCCUCAAGAUAGAUGCAAAACAAAUACUGAGAGAUAUAACUUGGAGAAAGCUACCAUAAGUAUUUGUCAACAAUUGAUGAUAUAUGUUCACUUCCAUUCCUUAACAAAGAGAACAUUAAUAUAAAAUCUCUCCAAAUAAGGUUUUGACAUCCUCCAAUAAAGAUUUGAUAUAAUAAUAAAAAGUUACAAAAUAAAAUCAUAAAAAUAUUUUUUAAAAAAAGAAUGUUUUAAGAGCAUGAUAAAAUGUUUGUUCCUUAUUUCAAACAGCAAUCAAAUUGAUUAUUAUUAAUCAUUAAUCUAUUACAUGACAAGACUUUUUGACAAAAUUAAUAAUUGUUAUCUAAAAGAUAAAUUGUUAAAAAUUUGCCUCUAUACAUGUUUUUAUAUUGUUAUAGAUUUAUACAUGCAUCCUAUAAAAAUGCAUCUACUAUGGGAGUAAAGCUCAUAUAAUUAGAUCCCAUGUUUAUUCUUUUGAGUGUCCCCUUGCUUCAGCACAGAUAAUUGAACUGGGUACUGUAGCUGUUCUUUUAAAAUGUUAAAAAUCAAACUUUUGAUUUUUAUAUUAAUAAUAUACAUAUAUAGCUCAUGGCUUGCAAUUGCUUAAAGUUGUUUCUUUUUAAUGAUACUAAUUCUUAACUUUUACAAUUAUUUAUACAAAUACAAUUCAAAAAAUUAAUCAAAAAUAGACAUACGACUAUUGACAGCUUUUCAAGCUUUCUAGUUAUAACUGUUUUAACAUAAGAAACAAAAUAAAAAAUAAAAUUAGUCAUUACAUAUGUUAUUUUUAAUAUUAAAUGUUCCAAAUCAGAUUAAGACAAAUAUUAUAACUGAUUAUUAUAAUCAGUCAUUUGAGAUGUCUUAUUAACAAUUUGAUAUUGGUCAUAUUACUGAGAUUCCUCAUAAUUUGCAAAGACAAGAUAUUAUAGAAUAAGCCCAUAGAACUUUGCAAUAUUUUUAUAAUAAAAGAGGGGAGAAUAACAUCUCUAUAUACCAUAAAAUUUUAAAAUUUUUAAUGCCAGGGAACUGUGUAGAGAAGAGGUAUGUUUGUGUAGAGAAGAGGUAUGUUUGUGUUCUUUCUACAGGAUGCUGAAGGAACAUGCUAGCUGCCAGAGUAUGCUGAUGCUGAGAUUUCACCCUGGCUUUCCACCUUGUUCUCCAGCCUUUUGGGGCCCCUCCUGGGUCUUUUGUUUCUUUUGUCAUUUGGCCCCUGGGCCUUUAACAGAUUAACCAGUUUUGUUAAAUCACAGAUUGAUUCUGCCUUGACAGACGUGGAGGUAGCAACCAUCGGCCUUCAGUUCUCUACCCUUGCUGCAGGCAAAGAGCUUUCUUGGUUCCUAAGCAGUAGAAACGUCAAUGCCAGAGAGGGUGACCUCCGGCUCCUAAUAGUGGCUGAGGGCCAUAAGCUGUGGAGUAGCCAAUGACGGGAAAUAUUGUGGUGCCAUGAGCCAGAUGCACACUGCCUCUUGGCUGCAGGGUGACUCCAUGACGGGAUUAUUGUGAGUCCGCUACCUGGAUGCCCGUCACACCCACCAAGGGCCUGAUUAAGCCAUUGGAGUGGGAUGUGAUGCCAGGAGUGGAUGCAACUUACAUAGCCUAAGGCAGAGGCCCUGCCCUACUAGGAUCUAAAAGGGACUAGUUACUGCGGUGCUGGACGUGGGGGCAAAACCACAUAGCCUAAAACAGGCUCUCUGCCGACCCUCUUUCCAUAGCCACCCCCCAACUUAAGAAAGAAAAAAGGAGGAGAUGUGGGAAGCCAUCCUGAGCUAUUCGGACUAUUGCUUACUCAUGGCCCUAAGGUGGUGGCUGCUAAAAUACAAGAACUAUUAACUGGAGCCUCUCCCGUGGGCAUUGGUUUAGCCAUUGUCUCGAGAUAACUGCAGAAUGGUCCUGCCUGCAUCAUCACCCGCCGACUCUGGUAAUUGCGGUGGAAGGAAGUCCUGAGAUAACUGCGGCAGGCUCCAGCCUGUGCAAACACCUGUUGUCUCCACCGGAGGACCCUUAUCUCUUCCUGCUAAACUGCUAGAUUGCCCUUCCUUUCUUUGUCUUUGCCUUGGGGUACGCCCCUCCUGAAAGCCUUAAAACAUGUGUACCCCAACAUUAAACGAGGCUUUGACACAA